AUGGUUUCAAGACAGGCAGCAUUUCCUUCUGAACGGCUUGGUAUGGGUGCUUUCAGAAUUGCCCUUGAAAGCGUCUUCAACAGAAUUCACCACACACCUUUGGAGUAUACGUCUUUUGGGAAACCAAAUCCAUUUGUAUUCAUGAACGCCGAAGCGAUACUGAGACAUCUUAAGGCAUCUUCAUGUCAUGGCAAUCCUCUUAUGGAUAAUGGAGACACAGCAUCACAUGCUUUUGAAACCAUGUAUAUGAUUGGUGACAAUCCUUUGGUUGACAUCAAAGGAGCAAGACAGGUUGUUGAUACUGUGGAAUAUAUUAUGGAAAAGGAGGGUACUUCUUAG